AUGUCCGUCCCCACAGUUAAGCUCAACAGCGGCUACGAAAUUCCCAUUAUCGGACUUGGAACUUGGCAAUCCAAACCAGAAGAGGUCGUUGCUGCGGUCUCUCACGCAUUGAAGGAUGCUGGAUAUAGGCAUAUCGAUUGUGCAUGGGGCUACGGAAACGAAAAGGACGUAGGCGAGGGUAUCAAAGCGUCUGGCGUUCUCAGGUCUGAGAUAUUCAUAACCAGCAAAUUGUGGGGGACAUGGCACUCUCGUGUCGAAGAAUGCCUUGAUCAGACCCUUGCAAAUCUCGGGACAGAUUACCUUGAUCUAUACCUCGUGCAUUGGCCCGUCCCUCUGAAUCCGAAAGGAAACCAUCCUGUCUUCCCGACCCUUCCAGAUGGUAAACGGGACGUCGAUCAUUCUUGGGCCCUCAAGGAUACCUGGGCCCAGAUGGAAGAGAUGUUAAAGAAAGGUAAGGUCAGAACCAUCGGAGUAUCCAACUGCUCCAAGAUGAAGCUCGAUGAGAUCCUUCCAUACGCAACCAUCAUUCCUGCUGUAAACCAGCUCGAGAUACACCCUUACAACCCCCAACACGAAUUAAUCGAGUAUGGUCGGAGUAAAGGGAUCCUUCCACAAGCCUAUUCGCCUCUGGGAUCAACGAAUUCCCCCAUUCUCAAAGAUGAAGUCGUCGUCGCGAUUGCUGAGAAGCACUCCAUUCAACCCUCCGACGUUCUCCUCGGCUGGCUUCUGGCAAAACAGAUUAUCGCCCUGCCCAAGUCGGUGACCCCGGCUCGUAUCACGUCCAACCUCACAGGCGCACUGGCCGGUUUGUCUAAACUGUCCAAAGAAGAUGUAGAGAAACUCGAUGGGCUCGCUGCGGCAGGCAAACAGAAACGGUAUGAUGAUCUUCUACUUUCCCGGUACACUAGAAGCUCAAUGUUCUGUCUUUCACCUCGAAGUUUCAUUACACCUCCCUGGCCUGUCGAACUGGGCUUUGACCACUGGCCGAAGCUGCUUUAG